AUGCCUUGCCACGAAACAAGGCCACACUUUGUCCUGUUUCCAUUGAUGGCCCAAGGCCACAUGAUCCCCAUGAUGGACAUCGCAAAAUUAUUAGUGCAAUGCACUGUUACUGUGACUGUAGUCACCACGCCACAUAACGCAGCUCGUUUCACAUCAAUCUUUGAUCGUUAUGUUGAGUCUGGAUUCCCUAUUAGAUUAGUUCAAGUUCAGUUCCCAUGUGAAGAAGCAGGAGUACCAGAUGGGUGUGAGAAUCUCGACAUGAUACCUUCACUAGCCACGGCCACAAGUUUCUUCAAAGCAACAAGCCUUCUACAAAAACCGGUGGAAAAACUAUUUGAAGAGUUAACACCACCGCCAAGCUGCAUCAUCUCUGAUAUGUGCUUACCGUAUACAAACCAUAUCGCCAAAAGAUUCAAAAUUCCAAGGAUUUCCUUUGUCGGAGUAAGUUGCUUUUAUCUUCUGUGUAAGCAUAAUAUAAGAAUCUUUAAUGUUAUAGAGAGCAUAAAAUCCGACUCCGAGUACUUUGUUGUGCCUGGAAUAGCUGACAAAAUUGAGAUUACAAAGGCACAGGCUGAACAACCGAUGAAUGAAAGCUGGAAAGAGUUUGGCAGUGAAAUUAUGGCUGCUGAAAUCGCUACUUACGGAGUAAUCAUGAAUUCUUUUGAAGAGUUGGAGCCAGCGUAUGCAACAGAUUACAAGAAGGUCAGACGUGACAAAUUGUGGUGUAUAGGUCCUGUGUCACUUAUUAACAAGGAUCACUUGGAUAAGGCUCAAAGAGGUAGGGCUUCAAUCGAUGUGUCUCAACAUCUAAAAUGGCUUGAUUGUCAGAAGACAGGAACUGUAAUCUAUGUUUGUCUUGGAAGCCUAUGUAAUUUAGCAACACCCCAGUUGAUAGAGCUUGGUUUGGCCUUGGAAGCAUCAGAAAGACCCUUCGUUUGGGUUAUCAGGGAAGGAAGUCAUUCAGAAGCAUUGGAAAAGUGGAUUGAGGAAUAUGGAUUUGAGGAAAGGACAAAUGGUAGAAGCCUUCUCAUUCGGGGCUGGGCCCCUCAAUUGUUAAUAUUAUCGCACCCUGCUAUUGGAGGAUUCAUAACACACUGUGGUUGGAACUCUACCUUGGAAGCAAUAUGUGCAGGAGUGCCAAUGGUUACAUGGCCACUAUUUGCAGAUCAGUUUUUGAAUGAAAGUCAAGUGGUGCAGGUUCUAAAAGUUGGAGUAAAGGUUGGGGUGGAAAUCCCUAUCAAAUGGGGCGAGGAAGUGGAAAUUGGUGUGCAAGUGAAGAAGGAAGAUAUUGAAAGGGCAAUAGUAGAGAUAAUGGAUGUGACAAGUGAAAGUGAAGAAAGAAGAAAAAGGAUACGAGAGCUUGCAGAGAUGGCUAAAAGAGCUAUGGAGAAAGGGGGAUCCUCUUAUUCUAAUGUGAUCUUGCUUAUCCAUGAUAUCAUGCAAAAAACCAAGAUAGAUGCGUGUUAA